UAUACAUUUAUGAUACCAUAUUUUAAGAUAUUUAUUUAAUCAUCAAAAUGUAUUGGUUUAAUUUAAUUUGUUUCCUCUCUUACCCUAUAUAAUUCAAAAACUGUUACUUAUUAAGACUAUAUAUAUAUAUUCAUCUCUGAUCUUCUCUCAAUAACACUUCUUUCUUCUUCUUCUUCUUCUUCUCUCAAUAAUGGUGGCAACAAGGUGCAAGGAGGUUUUCUUUGGAAUAUUCAUGGCAGCCAUGGAGACACUUCUUUAUGCUGCAUUCACUCUUAUUCUAGCACUAGGAGGUUCAAUAGUAGGAACAAUAGCAGGAGGAAUCAAAGGGCAAACAACAGAAGCUGGUUUUCUUGAUGGAGCUGGCAAAGGAGCAGUUACAGGAGCCAUUGCUGCCAUUGAAUUGCUGAACUCUAGAGCCAUUGAUGACCCUUUAACCAAGAUGAACACAGCAGAAACAAGUUCACAGAGAGAAGUAUCAUCAAAUAUUUAUGAAAACAAAGGGGUUACAGGGAUGGCACAGAGUGUAAUUCUGAAUCUUCCAUUUCAGAAAUUUAAAUCCAAGAAACUAAUGUACAUGUCAAGCUGCUCAAUUUGCUUCCAGGAUUUUGAGGAUGAAGAAUUGAUUAGGAUACUUCCAAAAUGUGGCCACAUUUUUCAUUUACAAUGUAUAGACAAAUGGUUAAUCCAACAAGGAUCAUGCCCUAUGUGUAGAACUCAUGUUUCUUCUUAUCACAUUCAUCACUUGUAGUGGUUGAUCCAUUUUUCAUACUCAAAAAGUUCGUAAAUAAUAAUUUAUUAAUUACUACUUAAUUAGUAGUGAUGACAAGUUA